GAUUCAGGAAUUCUUCAAACUUAAUAUCAUAUCAUAGAUAUUCAUAACCUCCUAUUUACCUAUCUGGAUUUGUGAUACAUACUUGUGUCUUUUAUUAAUUAUUAAAAAUUCAAAUAAGAUAUAAAAAAGACCUUGCACUAAACUUAUUCCUUUACCUAAUAAUACCCAGACUCAAUAUCCAUUAUUGCUUGUUUGUUUGCUGCUCCAUGAAAUUUUAAAAUACAAUCGUUCUAUAUUCCCCCUACUCAAGAAUAUAAAGUCGGUUCAGUAUAUUCUACAAAUCCAACAUGACAGGACAAUCAAAAGAAGCCGUUAUUCCACCAUGGGGUUUGGCAGUUGCUGGAGCUACAGGAGCUGUAAUUGCAAAUGCUAUGGUAUAUCCCCUGGAUAUAGUGAAAACUCGCCUGCAAGUUCAAGUCAAACGCAAGCCGACCGAUGUAGCACCAACGGGUGACGAUGCAGUCCACUAUACGUCGACUUGGGAUGCGAUUUCGAAGAUUGUAGCCGAGGAUGGAGUUGCUGGACUCUACGCUGGUAUCAAUGGCGCCUUGAUUGGUGUCGCCUCAACCAAUUUUGCCUACUUCUACUGGUACUCGGUCGUUCGAACGUUAUAUCUCUCUUCCCAGAAAGUUCCCACGCCUCCAAGCACUGCAAUCGAAUUGUCUUUAGGAGCCGUCGCAGGAGCUGUUGCCCAGGUCUUUACUAUUCCUGUUGCAGUAGUUACCACUCGUCAGCAAACACAAAAAAAGGGUGAAAGGAAAGGGAUGGUAGAUACAGCUCGGGAUGUUAUCCAUAGCGAAGAUGGUUGGACCGGUCUUUGGAGAGGUCUCAAGGCCAGCUUAGUGCUUGUUGUUAAUCCUGCCAUUACAUAUGGCGCAUAUCAAAGAUUGAGAGAGGUUGUUUUCCCAGGCAAGACAAACCUCAAACCAUGGGAAGCAUUUGUAUUGGGAGCAAUGUCCAAAUCCCUUGCAACCAUUGUAACCCAGCCUUUGAUUGUUGCAAAGGUUGGACUUCAGUCAAGACCACCCCCUUCCAGAGAGGGUAAACCUUUUAAAAGUUUUAUCGAAGUAAUGCAGUUCAUCAUCCAUAAUGAAGGAUUGCUGGGCCUCUUCAAGGGAAUCGGUCCACAAAUCACCAAGGGACUCAUUGUUCAAGGUCUCCUAAUGAUGACGAAAGAAAGGAUGGAGCUACUUUUCAUUCUUCUCUUUAGAUAUCUUCGAAAGAUUAGAUCAGAGCAAUUGCAAAAGGCCGCAGAUCUUGCAGCGUCAAAAGCCAAGCAAGUUCUACCAGUCAUUGCUAAGUAAUAAACAAAUUCGAGUAUUGAGCGAGUAAUAGCAAAAAUGAGGGCAUUGAAAUUUCUUUAUGGUUUUGGGUAGUAGAGCAUUGUAAGUUUUGCUAGGUUUAGCUGGAGUAGAUGUGAUAGAGCUUGUACUGUACAUAUACUUGAUUGGAAAACAAAUUGAAUGACAUAUAUGAUAUUUUUGACCA